GCGACCCUGCUUGUUCCACUGUCGACUAUUCUCUCAACAGUUGGAUUUCCGUCGAAGAUGGCAGUAUCCACAGACAAUAACGUUAUCGUUACGAAAUGAUGUUUAUUAUGGAAUCGUGAUCGUGUUUCUGAUAGACAUAAGAAGUCUCUCGAAGUCAGUGUGUGUUCGUUAAUGUGAUAAUUUAUCGAUCGAAUCUUUAUGGAUAUCCGUGAUUUGUUACGAUAUAUUUUUGGCAUAUCUUAUUUGUUACAACUGUGUUGUAACCUUCCCACGUGCGCGUUCUAAUUACAUUCGAUUUCUUCCUUUCCAACAAAUAAAUCGUUGACACGAUGGCAGAUACAUUGCACAAAGAUAGAUACGAAAUCUCAAAUUUAGCAAUGCGCAGUGGAGGCAAUAUAGGAGGAGAUAGCGAUAUGAAGCUGGAACCAUCUAGUCCUACAGAAAAAUAUACUUUUUCCCGUUGCAGUAGUACCGGGUCAGUGAAUACACCAUCCUCAUCUGCUCAUAAUACAGAAGAUGAAGAUAGUGAUAACAAAAAUUCAACCAUAAGUUACAAAGAACGCAGGAGAGAGGCUCAUACACAGGCAGAACAGAAAAGGAGAGAUGCUAUCAAGAAGGGAUAUGAUUCUCUUCAAGAUUUGGUUCCUACUUGCCAACAUACUGAUUCUUCGGGUUAUAAACUUUCCAAGGCUACCGUACUUCAAAAAUCCAUUGAUUAUAUACAAUUCUUGUUGCAACAAAAGAAAAAGCAGGAAGAAGAACGUAAUGCAUUGAGAAAAGAAGUUGUUGCCUUACGUAUCAUGCAAGCUAAUUAUGAGCAGAUUGUGAAAGCUCACCAGACCCAACCAGGUCAUGCAGAAAUGCGAGUAUCCGAUGAAACCAAAUUCCAAGUGUUUCAGGCAAUCAUGGAUCGUUUGUUUCAAACAUUCAAUAAUAUUUCAGUAGCAAAUUUUGCAGAAUUAUCUGGAUGCGUAUUCAGUUGGUUAGAGGAACAUUGUAAACCUCAGACUUUGCGCGAAGUAGUACUAUCCGUACUCCAACAACUUAAUAGCCAAAUCAGCUAGUCGAAUAUAUUAUUAGACCAUUUGUGGUUGCACAAUAUUUCAAACCUAAAACAUUUUCGCGGGUACUUAGACCAAUUAUUAAGUAGAGUUACCAGAAAGGAUGGGAGUAUGUGUGUUGUUAUACGCAAUGCGGGUAGCAUAAUGAUUGUGCGAGAAAUACAAAUAGAAAUUUAUUUUAUAUAUUAAUAUUAUAGAUGUAGACACAGCCAUAUAAUAUGGCAUGCCGUUUGUUGGUGACCAAACUAUGUUAAAUAUUUUUAACAGAGAUUUUUUAUUACAUGAUGUUUGCUGCAUAUAUAUAAUACACAAUGUAUGUAUAUACAUAUAUAAAUGUAUUUGAAUAUGUACAUAGUACAUUAAUCUGCAACAUAGAAUAGUUUGAAAUAAAAAUGAAAUUAUGUUCGUUUA